AUGGAAAGUACGAGCUUGCACUGCCAAGAGACCAGAGAGUUACAGAAGAAGGAGAAUGCUGUAGUGGGAAGGGAAGAAAUGAAGAAGCAGGGGAAGAACGGGUGGAGAGAUAAUUCGAAAAUAAUAUAUCCUGAUUUUAUGAUGGAAAAUCUAAGGAAGAAUGAGACUAGAUUGAAUAAUUCCCUUAAAGAGAUGGGAAAACGCCUGAAAAGCUCAGCAUAUGAAAGGAUCCACAACGUCGCUAAUUUCUUUGAAAAUUCUGAUAGAAUUCCAUUAUUGGGAGGAGACAAACUUCAUCUAAAUUUUAUUAAAAAUAUCAAUAAGCUAAAGAUACCAGAUUCGGCCGACUAUCACAUAGCAAAAAUGACUUAUGAUGAAUCUUGGAUUAAAAAAAUUAUGGAGAAAGAAUUUACCAGCAAGGUUGAUAGUGUUUUGUUAAGCAAUAGAGGCGUCAAUCCUAUAAGACUUUUUGAAAUUCCAAAAGAAAUAGACCAAAUCUUUCCAGGAGUUCUCAAUGCAGUCAUAAUGGAUAGGUUCCAAAUAAGCUACAGAAACUUUGUAAGAAUAUUUAGUUUGUGAAGAGAUAAAUCAGAGUUGAAAUUCUUUGACUGUAUAAUAUACCUCAAAGUUGUUCCUGACUUAACAAAAGCACUUCCAACAUGCAAUAUAAAGGAGCUAGAAUUUAGCGGCUGAGGAGCUCCAAGACUAGGCAAUUGGGCAAAUAAUCCACAGCAGCUCGACAACUUAAUAAACGGCUUAUCCCAGUGAAAAUGCUUGCUUAAGUCUUUAACCAAGCUGGUGAUACAAGUGAGCUUCCUUGGCUCACAAUUUGUAGCAGAGAUUGUGAAGAAAUAUGGGCUUGGAGAUGUAGAAUUGAGUGUGUAGAGGUUUAAGUUGGGGACUGGAUUCAAAGGGAUUUUGGAAGUUGGAGGGGUCCAUGGAUUGGAGAGAUUGGAGGAAGUUUUGGUUUGGGCAAGUUUUUGGGAUGAAAUUUUGUAGUUUUAG